GCAGCGAACAUGAAGUAGCCGGCCACAGGCUAGCCAUCUUGAACCAUUGAGGCAUAAGCGAGAAAAAACUACAAAUAGUCCGGGGGCAGUUUUCUCCUCCCUCCAAAGUGAGUGACAAGACAGAGAGGGGAGGGCCCAUGCAGGAUAAAGGCAGAAAUUGUGUCAGGAAGGGAGGACUGCCAACCAGAAACCUGAGACAGGGUCUGGUCUCAGGCACUGAUGGCAGAGAUGGAAAACGUGUCGUAUGUACCUUUGAAGCAGCCCAUCGUGUUCACAGUGGAAGGCUUCAUCAUAACCAGGCAGCAGGGAUCCUCAAAGCAUGCAUCAUCAAACAGGAGAAAAACAGUUGGAGCAAGGCCAUACAGACGUGCGCCUCCCACCUCAUCAUUUAUAUCCUCUUUGAGAUCUCCAUUUUAAUCAUUAUCAUCACCUACAGAUUGCAAGAGAUCAGCCCCAAUGCCAAGAAGUUCUGGGCCAUUUUUUUCAUCAUUGUGCCCCCCACAGUCAACCCAAUCAUCUAUGGCAUCGCCACAAAAGAUAUUCGCACAAACAUCGUGAAGUUUUUCAAAUCCACUAUUUCACCGAAAUAGGGAAACCAGCCAGUACCACUCAGUUAU